AUGAGAACUCUAGUAACUAUGGCUAGUGAAGAAGUAAGUAUCGAACUUAAAGAAAACAAAAGUGCAAAUGGUGGAGAUCAUACAUAUCAAGCAAAUACUUCCAGUGGUAAUGGUGUUACUAUUAAAGUCAAAAGGUCUAAUGAACCCCAAGGAACCAACUUCUACAGGUACACCCAUACUCUGCAGAAUGGAGGAGGACAAUUCAUACUAAAGGAAGUUAAAGAUGAUAAGAAUAGCUGUAUAGAUAUAAGUCUUUCAGGUGAUAGAAAGGUGACCUCUGUUUCUGCAUAUUAUUGGAAGUAUGGAGGGAAGGUUCUAUUGAUAGAAGUUAAGAGUGGUAGACCAAAGUACUAUGCCAAUACUGAUAAUAAGUGGAUUGUAUUAACUGGACAUGAAAGUUCUCGACCUCCACUCAGAAAUAAUGAUUUCGAAAAAGCUCUGGAUCAACUGGUUUGUUCGAACUAUGGCGCUGUUACUAUAGAUCUAUCCUUUCAGAAUUCUAGCAAACUUUCUAAGAAUUAUACCAGUAGUGGAAAGGACAAUAAGUACUGUUGUUACAAGCAUAAUCCUGGGGGUGUUAAUGACCGAGGAAAUAUCUCUGUUACUAGUGGGAAAGUUUCUUGCGUACAUAAAUCACCAUCUGGUGACUUUUACAAGCAUUCCAUUAUAGGUGGUAAUCAACUUGCAAGGAUAAGAUACUAUCUUGAUAGUGCAGGGAGUAAGCCCGAUAAUAGAAGACGUAUAAAACUGAAUGGACAAACAUUUCCCAUUCCUGGUGUAGAAACUAUCUCUGCAUUAUACUGCGGAGGAAACCCUGUACUUAUAUACGUUGACGGUGGAGAUAAAGCCGAAGGCUGGUACAAGAAGCCUACUGGCACUGGUAGUAGAGGUAAUGAUGAAGAGUGGACAAAAUCUCAUGUUCUCCAAAAUAUAACACCUGAUGAUCUAAUUGAGAAUACAGAAUGUGGAAAGUAUAAUGAUAUUGUGCGGGCACUAAAGAGUACAGGUGGAUGUAUAAGCUUGCAAGAAUGUACUCCAGAGCCUGCUAAACCACAAGGAGUACUACGUUCUGAUGAACAGCCUGAAGGUGACCAAGAUGAAGUUGAGGAAGAAGAGAAAAAGAAAAAGAAGGGUGAUGAAGCUAAAGCUAAAGAAACUGCUAGAGGUAGUGAAGAUGCUCAACAAGAUGGACUAGACAAAGAACCACAACUAAAGGAAGAAAAAAAGAAAGAUGAGGAAUAUUCUGGUAAAAGAUCUGCUGCUGCCCCUGUUACUGAAUCUACUGCUUCUGAAGGUGAAGGUCAAGCUGAAAAACUUGCUGUUGAAACCGGAUUUACUACUGCUGGUAUUGGUCUAGGGUACUUCCUUGCUGGUUCCGCAGGAUCCGGAUUAACUGAUGAAGUGUUUUUAUGGAUUAGUAAGGAGUACCAUAUUGAGUAUGCAUAG